GAUAAUCACUACAAUCAUCUCAAAUCUAUCCUCCAAGUCUGCAUUCGUCAACGCAAAGGAUGUGGUGUUGUGAAAUGUGAUGUGUUAAAAAUAUUUCGUGAAUUAUUAAAAUAGAUUGUCUUUAUUACCUGUGACAAUGUUGGAUUUCUUACGAAAUUCAAUUUUGAAGCAAUAUGCUGUUGUGAUUGUUGUGAACUUAAGCGUCCUCUUAAGCGGUAUGGGACUAGCAUGGCCUUCCCCAGUGCUGGUGAAGCUGAUGAGCGAGACGGAGACAGUUCUCUCGCGACCCAUCACAGAGGAGGAGGGCUCGUGGAUUGUGUCCAUUGGUCCUUUUGUUGGGACUUUCUCCGUCGUCAUUCCAAUCUUACUCGUGGACCGCAUCGGCAGAAAGCGCUGCAUUCUCCUUGCAGCAGCUCCGAAGCUAGCAGUGGGUCUGCUGCUGACGCUGGCCAGUGACGUGUGGAUGCUGUUACUGGGACGAUUGAUCUGCGGAGUUUGUGACCUGCUGGUGUUCACUGUGGUGCCAAUGUACGCGGCUGAGAUUGCCAGCACCACAGUCCGAGGCUCUUUGGGCACUAUCCCGCAGUUGAUGUGUUCGCUCGGCAUGGUCAUCAUGCUGUCCAUAGGCCCCUACACCUCGUACGUCACUCUCAACACCAUCUACACCUGUGUCGCCGUGAUCACCUUCGCCCCACUGCUGUUUCUGCCGGAAAGUCCUUACCACUUGUAUUCCAAAGAAAGAAACGAAGAGGCCAUCAAACUGCUGAUCCAUCUCCGGGGCUCGGAAGCUUUGGCCAAAGAGGAAAUAAAGGAAUACGCCCUCAGCCAGACUGAUGAGAAAAUUAGCAAGAAAGCACUCUUCAAGAACCGAACAUUUCUUAAGGCUCUUGGGAUAUCCAUAGUUUUGUUGAUGGGAACUCAACUGAUCGGGUUCAACGCAGUUUCUUUCUAUCUUCAGACAGUUCUGAAGUCCACACAAACCAGUGUGGCUGAGGAGACGGCAUCAGUUGUGAUAGGCUGUAUACAGUUGUCUGCAACUUUUGUGACCGCACUCAUAACGGACAGGUUCGGCAGAAAACCGAUCCUGUCAAUUACGCUGAUUGGGAUGACCUUUGGAAUGGUGGGUCUUGGAGCGUUCUUCAAAAUACAGGAGAAAGAUCAUCCCAUUUCAGGAUUCUUGAAUUACUUACCUCUCAUUUCCCUGAUCCUGGUAGUUUUCUGCUAUAAUGCAGGUAUCGGCUCUCUAAUAUAUGCGAUAUCAGCUGAACUCUUCGACGGACCAACGAGGGUUUAUGGCGUCUGCAUAUCCACUAUCAUGUCAGUCCUCUUCAUGUUCUUAACCUCAAAAUACUUCGCAAUGGUGUCCACCACCCUUGGACCACCCACCACGUACUGGUUCUUCAGCGUGAACUGCGUUUUAUUAUGCAUUUUCAUACUCUUCUGUUUCCCUGAGACUAAAGGAAAGACCUUUUUGGAAAUUCAAGAAGAAUUGGGCGCCAAAAGAAGCAGGAGUAAAGAUGGUAUUGAGAAAAAUGGUACCAGUGUUAAUGACAUUGCAUAGAAACAUAAUUUUUGUAUAAAUCGUGAUAAGUAAGGUACUAGUUGUUUUAUGUAAAUUGUUACGUAAGUAAAUGAAUUUUAAUAAAAGUCUGA